ACGCAGAGAGAGGGAAGGAGAAAGGAGAGGCAGGUUCAGAGUUUCAGGUGCAAGGAUGGCUGCUGCCUCUGCGACAUGGGUUCUUGCCUGCGCGCUCUUGCUCUGCUCUUCCUCCUUCCUCGGGGCUGAAGGCGCCAUUGGUGUCAACUACGGCAUGCUGGGCAACAACCUGCCGUCGCCGGCGCAGGUGAUCUCCAUGUACAAGGCCAAGAACAUCAGCUACGUCCGCCUCUUCCACCCGGACACGGCCGUCCUCGCCGCGCUCCGCAACUCCGGCAUCGGCGUCGUCCUCGGCACGUACAACGAGGACCUCGCGCGCCUGGCCUCCGACGCCUCCUUCGCCGCCUCGUGGGUCGAGUCCUACGUCAAGCCCUUCGCCGGCGCCGUCAGCUUCCGGUAUAUCAACGCCGGCAACGAGGUCAUCCCCGGGGACCCCGCGGCCAACGUCCUCCCGGCCAUGCGGAACCUCCAGACGGCGCUCACGUCCGCCGGGGUCAGCGUCCCGGUCACGACGGCCGUGGCCACGUCCGUGCUCGGCGUGUCGUACCCGCCGUCGCAGGGCGCAUUCUCGGAGGCGGCGUCGCCGUACAUGGCGCCGAUCGUCACCUACCUCGCGUCCAAGGGCGCGCCGCUGCUGGUGAACGUGUACCCGUACUUCGCGUACGCGGCGGACGCGGAGCGGGUGCAGCUCGGGUACGCGCUGCUGUCGUCGUCGCAGGCGGCGUCGGUGACUGACGGCGGCGUGGUGUACACCAACAUGUUCGACGCGAUCGUGGACGCGGCGCACGCGGCGGUCGAGAAGGCCACGGGCGGGCAGGCGGUGGAGCUGGUGGUGUCGGAGACCGGGUGGCCGUCGGGCGGCGGCGGGGUGGGCGCGAGCGUCGAGAACGCGGCGGCGUACAACAACAACCUGGUGCGGCACGUGUCCGGCGGCGCCGGGACGCCGCGGCGGCCGGGGAAGGCGGUGGAGACGUACCUGUUCGCCAUGUUCAACGAGAACCAGAAGCCCGAGGGCGUGGAGCAGCACUUCGGCCUCUUCCAGCCCGACAUGAGCGAGGUCUACCACGUCGACUUCGCAGGCUCCGUCUAGAUUAGGCCCGGCACAGCACGGCCCAGCCCAGCCCACGAGAGCUGCGCUCCCAGCGAACAUUUUCUUUCAGGCUUAUUUAUUGUUGUCGUAUAUUUGGAUACGGAGUAGUUUCGUAGUAUCAAUCAUGGUUUCGAUGUCAUACUGCGUUGAUCUAUACAUUCAUUGUUGAUUUGACCCAUCUUUUUACUACCACAUUCGUUUUAUAUCGUAAGA